AAUUGGUCCAUUGCCUUAGGAAGGUUAACCCAGCUUUUAGCUGGAAAUUUAUCUCGGAUGAUGUCAAAGGAUUUAGGGACAAUUUAGAAGCUAUAGCUCCAGUAGGAAAAAGGGCCUCAAGGGCCGAUUACUGGAAAUCUCAGCCAAAAAAAUUCUGCGAUUACUGCAAGUGCUGGAUAGCAGACAACAGACCUAGCAUUGAGUUUCAUGAAAGAGGAAAGAAUCAUAAAGAAAAUGUGGCAAAAAGAAUUAGUGAGAUUAAGAAGAAAAGCUUGGAAAAGGCAAAAGAAGAAGAAAACAUGUCAAAAGAAUUUGCAGCAAUGGAGGAGGCUGCAAUGAAAGCAUAUCAGGAGGAUUUGAAAAGGCUUGGAAUUAAGCCAGAUGAUGUAGGUCCCAGUUCAACACAGAGCAAAAUACAGAGCAACACAGUGGAAACUAAGGAAAAGAAAGAAAAGAAAGAAAAGAAGGAAAAGAAGGAAAAAAAAGAAAAGAAAAAAAAGACAUCUCAGGACACCUCAGUGCCACCAAAAACUGAAAUGAAGGAGUGGGUGCAAGGACUUUCUCCUGAAGGCUAUACGUAUUACUACAACACAAGAACAGGAGAAUCACAGUGGGAGAAACCUAAAGGAUUCCAAGGCAACUCUCAGAACUCACAAACGGCAGCAGAGUGGGUAGAAGGUGUCACUGAAGAUGGUCAUACCUAUUACUAUAACACACAAACAGGAGUAUCCACAUGGGAGAAACCAAAGGGUUUUGUUUCAUCUUCAAAUGAGAAGAGUCAACGUGACAAGCAUUCUGAAGAAACAGAUUCCAAAGCAUCUGAAUCAGACUCAGAAGAUAGUGAAAAUGAAGCACAGAGUUCAGAAACAAAUUUCAAGAGGAAAAGAGAUAAUGGCGAAGAAUCAGAGCAAGGGAAAAAAUCUCCAAAAGGGAAAAAGUUAAGUCCUUAUGGGAAAUGGCGAGAAGUUAAGGCAGAAGAAACUGUUGAGAAAGAGGAGAGCACAUCAGCUUCCCAAGAAGCCUCUAGUGAUGAACCUAACAAGACCAACCCUUACGGAAAAUGGAAAGCACUUAAAGAAGUAGAACAAGAAGAAGAAGAAGAACCAGGUGAAAAAGUGGACCUGGAGCUUCCUACUACAGAGAGUGACAGUGUCCCACCUCCAGUGAUAGAGGUUCCAGAAGAUGAGACAGUGAUAUUCAAAGAGAAGACAGUCACCUCCCUUGGAGACAUGACAGAAGGGGUGCCAACAUUUAAAAAGAGGAAAUUUGAAAAUGGAAAAUCUAGAAACUUAAGACAAAGACUAAGUGAUCAGUAAAACAAAUAGUUUUAGAAUCUGUUUAAGCUAGAGUGAAUCAAAAGUUUAAUAUUUUAAACAGGCUUUUAUAAAGAAAAUGUUGGAUAGAA